AUGCCGAAACCACCUCUCCUGAAGCUGAUGUACUGGUUUCAAAACUGCAUUUUCCCAAAUGAUGGAAAUGUUUAUUUUCAGGAUGUUUCACAUAAUUCUUAUCAUGGCAAGGAAGACCAGAUUACAAGGGCUUAUGAAAGGAGACUUGAAGAAUUGAUUAAAUUUCUUUUAAAAAAUGAACGCCUAAAGGAAGAUGAGAUUCCUCAUUUCAACAGUCUCUGCGCUCAGUCUUGGUUUUGGGGCCCUCUAUCACGUUUUGAAUCCAAUGGUUUGCUGCAUAAUGCCCCAGAAGGUUCUUUUCUUGUUCGUGUCAGUGAAAAUGACUGUAACCUCUGCACUCUUACCUUUCGGUUUUCUGAUGAUACCAUUCUAAACAACCGAAUAACUCAAAGUGAUUGUGGUUUCGGAUUUAUUCAAGAUGAAGCUUUUGAAUCUAUUGAAGCUCUGAUUGAACACGCCAUGUCUCAGUCAGAGUCUGGGGCUUAUUGUCUAUCGAAUACCACUUUUGAAACAUGUUCAGCAAUGCCAGAAAACAGGAAAGUUCGUCUGCUACAUCCUUACAGUCGAUUCUCAGUUGUUCCUCCGCUGCUCUUCCUGUGUCGAUAUGCCCUCUUCAAAUUCAUUCGUACCGGUGCUUAUUCGCGAAAAUACACACUAGAGAAAGCUCAUAACGAGGCGAUUUGGUGCUGUGCGUGGCGAAAGAGGGCGUCUGACGGCAGGGACUUAAUUAUCACCGGAUCGCUUGACAACAGUCUCAAACUUUGGGAGUGGUGA